CGGCGAUGACCCCGUCCAGCCGCCACCAGGGCUCCUGGCUCCCUGCCGUGCCCGCCUGGCCCCGCUGCUUCCCGGCAGCGCCGGCCUCGCACACGGGCACAUGGCGGCCCUGCGCACCCUCCUGCUCCUCGGGCUGCUCCUUACGGCGCGGGGGCAGAGGGCGGCGCAGAGACGGCGGCCGCCUCCUCCCCAGAGUGCGCUCGAAAACGUGAAGGCUCAAGAGGGGCUCAGCCUUCACCAGCUCUCAGGGAAGUGGUUCCUGGUUGGCAUGGCCUCCCGAUGCAGCUACCUGGCAGAGCACAGCCACCAGCUGGAGGCCACGACAGUGACAAUGACCAUCCUGGAUGGGCAGAGCCUGGCCAUCAGCACCUUCAGGAAGCUGGACAGGAUGUGCUGGGAAAUCAGGCAGCACUACCUUCCCGGCCAGACCCCUGGACGCUUCCUGCUGAAGGGCCAUAGGAAAAGCAGCAAAGUGGAUGUGGUGGUGGGUGAGGCUGACCCCAGCAGCUUCAUCAUCCUCUAUUACCAGAAGGGCCGCAGCAUCUCUGUUAAGCUCUAUGGACGGAGCAGCCGGGUCAGUGACGCCAUCAUGGACACGUUCGAGCAGCGCGUCAGGGCUGUGGGUCUGAGUGAGGAUGUCACCUACUACUUCCCCACCUAUGGAUUUUGUGACUCUGCAGAUGAGUUUCACGUCCUUGAUGAAACGAAGCUGUAGGUGCAGAUGGAGUUGCCAGGGGGUCCCAGAGCUCAGCCCUCACCUCAGCCAGCUGCCCGUGGCCACACGGACCUCAGUGCGUCAGCCCCUCCAGCUGUGCUGGCAGCUGUGUCUGUCCUUGUCCUGUGCCCCCCAGCUUGUGUCCCCCCUCUGCUCUGUGCCCCACUCUCCUGCAGGAGCCAGCAACACCCCAAUAAAAGCCUCAGAGAA